AUGGAUUUAAAGUGGAAGACACUUAUGAUCAUCUUUAUCAUCCACGGCUUACUAGAAAUCCAAGCUGGAUCUGCUCCUCCAAGAGAAGAGAGCUGCGCCACUCCGAGGUGUAAACCAGUGCCCGAGUCACCAACAAUCACGAUCGAGUGUGACCCAGGAUCAACGAUCAGAAUCACCAAAGGAGUAUGUAUUGUGGUUCCUUCUUGUGAUGAUUAUGACCCCUCUCUGGAGAGCCUGUGUGAUAACAGUGACAAGACGGCACAGUGGGCUCCGUACUGCGAGACUGUCAAUCCAUGUUCCCUCACUGUCUCAUGCGUGGCGGGUUCAAUGUGCCCAGGGGAGUACACCUACGGCUACGCUGAUUAUGAAUGUGUUACAGAUGAAACAACCGCGCCGACAACGUUAACAAGUGGCACUCCUGAAACGCCUACAGAAUAUCGGACUCCUACGCCAGGUGUCAGAGGUGAAACAACCGUGCCGACAAGGUCAACAAGUGGCACUCCUGAAACGCCUACAGAAUAUCGGACUCCUACGCCAGGUAAAUAUUCACAAAAUUAUGUAGAGGUGUCAUGGUAA